AUGUCUCCUUCAGGAAGCCUGCGUCCAGGCCGAAGAAGUCGGGCACAAAAGUCUGGUCGUGGAAGAGGCGCGCCCUCCCAUAACCAGACUGCGUCACGAAACUCGCGGAACGAACGAGAUCACCGAAACCCCGGCACAGGAUACAUGAUGGGCGGUGUUUUUAUACCGACAUUAAGCACAAUAACUACUACUGUGUCUACUGAGUCGCAUAUGGAAUACGGGCCAUCGAUGGGGCCAUACGCUCCGGCUAGCGAAUCACCAGAGCUUUGGCCAUUCCACGCGGGCACCCAUGAUCUCGACGAUGUCGGCGCACAGUUCGCUGAUGAGCACACGCAAUCGCUAGCCACAAGCGAUGGGUCAGGCAAAUAUACUGGUAUACAGGACGAGAGCAGUACAUACCCUCGUAUCAUGGUCAUUCCCAAUAAAAGCAGAGCUGGAGUCUUCGACCCAGCUGGGAUGUCAGACUUAGACAACAGGGGUGGGAGUUAA